AUGUCGUUCAGAAGCAGCCUGAUUAUUUCCGGCUCUGGAGGCAGGGUCGGCGACAACGGUCCCAUCAUCGCGCAGCCGGGCACUCCUCAGCUCAAGCUCCUCACCCAGGGCUACGCGAAUGACACUCCCACCGACAUGGCUAAGCUCAUUGCGCGCCGUGGUGCUGAUCUUCUCGCCGCGUACUUCAAGGUCGUCGCUGCUGCCAGCAACGGCAAGAACGCCCUGAUCGACAAGAAUCACCACCUGGCCUGGGUCCCCGCUCUGCGAAGCCUGUUCAAGGAGAAGAGAUGGGCCGAGUUUCCGGACGUCAAGAAUCACCACGUCCAGGCUGUAAUGAUCGCCAUCGGAGACGCUCGCAAGCUCUCCAUUGACAAACUCGCCGCCAUCCACGCUACUCCCAAAGGCGGGCGUUACAAGACCUUUCUCGACCUUUUCGAUUGCUUCAAUGUCGAUCGAAUUGGCCGAAAGGGUUCCUCUAGCUCCCUUCCCGCUGUUCCUGCUGCUCCAGCCGCCCCUGCCCAGUCCGCCCCUACCGUCCCGCCUGCCUUCCAGAUCUUGGCGAACCAUCUCCAGUCUACUGCAGACCUGAUAAUCCAGGAUGCUUUCGCUGCACUCCAGGUCAGCCACCAGCAUAUUGAUCAGAUCAGCAACGGUCUUCAGACCUCGGCGGACCAGCUCCGGGCUGCCGUGACCAAGACAAUCCAGGACGCACUCGAUGGUUUCAACGCCAAGGACAAGGUCAUUGAGACCAUCACUCAGCAGACCGAUCAGGCCAACAAAGCUGCUCAAAUGGCUCAGACCGAGAUCACGGCCCUCAGAGCCAAGUAUGAGAAAAUCAAGGAUGAGAAGAAGAAGCUUAUGGAGAAGAACGCCGAGGCUACGGCCGCCGCCUUGGUCCCCUCUUUGACCGAUACCAUUACUGGCGCUGUGACUCAUGCUAUGGCUGAGAUGGAGGCUGCCGAGAAGCACGGUAGCAUCUCCGGCCAGGAGAUGCUGUUCGCCCACAUCCUUGAUGACCUCAAUGAGCUUGAGGCUCUCCGAGGCGGCGAGAAUGUGGAGUGGACUGCCAAUGACCUUGAUGACUACAAGGAGAUGCACAAUAUCCCUGAUUUCUGA